AUGUCAGCGAAGCCGCCAGCGCCUCCGGCAGCAGCUGCUAAUGGCGUGCGUCGACGGAAAGUUGAGACGAAAACUUUACCGGUCGAUUUUCUGCUGAGAGACCGCGAUGUUUUGGCCGCGUUGGCUGAUGUGGAAAGGGCCAAAAAGAGGGAAGAAGAGCUGCGAAAUAAGACGAGAGUGAGGUAAGGGUGGUUUUUGAUGUCAUAAAAGUUUGCGUGAUAUAUGAAAAGUAAUAUAAAAUACGAAUAAUCAAAGGUAUUUUUCGCACCGUGCAAGAUUUCAACCUAUUUUUUGGAACUGCACAGCGCAGGGCAAAGUAUUAUAUUUACAGUGGCAGACCUGAUCCAGUGGCAAAAAACGUACCAUUUGCAUCCGGGAAGUACCAAAAAAAUUUAGCAAAAUACCUCCCUCUCCAAGUAAAAAAAUCCAAUUUCAAAAUCGCGUCCUCUCGAUAAUAUUGGACGCGCUUUUCAAAACGGAGUUUUUUUACAGGGAAAGUACUCCAAGUGGGACGCUCAGAUUUUCUUUAAAUUUUUCACACAUGUCGGGUAUGGACUAAACAUCAAUUCCGGAAAGUUUUAGCUCGCGCUUUGCAGGCGCCGCCGAGAUAUCGAACGAUUUUUGCCGCCGAGAGAGCGUGCUAAACGUGGAGAGCGGAAAAACGCCUUUUGGCCAUAACUUUGGGAGAUUGGAAAAUUUUGAUUUUUUGUAGAAACAUUAUCCUUUACGGUAGUAAUAGGCAUGGAACUUUUCGUGGCGAGAUUCGGCAAAAAUUCCAAGAUUUUCGCCAAUUUUCGAUCGAAAAAUCUCGGUUGUUUCUGCAAAGCGCGAGCUAGGAUUCUCGCAUAUACCUUAGAAAAAAAUUAUUCUAAAUUUGUACCAAGUUUCAUCAAAAUCUGAGCGUCGCACUUGUGGUACUUCCCCUGAUAGUUGGAGAGGGAGGAAUUUUGCUGUAUUUUUUGAUACUUCCCGGAUGCAAAAUGGUACGUUCUUUGCCACUGUAUCAGAUCCGCCACUGUGUCAUGGUUGAAAAAAAUUUUGAAUAUAAAAGAAUGAACUUGGAACCCCUGUAAAAUUUACUUUUUAGACGUUUGAAAGACACUAUAGCCGAAUGGGGUCGCCUCUGUUCCUGUCACGGUAUUCCCCAUCUGGCACAAGCCCGAUCAUGGAUUACAAUUUUGAUUUGGGCAAUUCUGGUGACCGCCACAUGGAUUGCGUUUGCGUAUCUGCUGGUUACGACUGUUCAGUCGUAUUUGGAUUACGACACUACUAUUCAGGUUGAGGUAAGACCGCAAUACAUGAGCGUUUACCAAUGCAAUAUUAGAGUACAAAAAAAAAUAAUUUUUUUCAGUUGAGCGACGACGAAAUCAAUUUUCCAUCCGUUACGGUCUGCAAUAACAGCCCGUACAAGAUGAGUAUGUUGAAUUCGACCCCGGAAUUAAACGCAUUGAUUAUUCUAUACAAACAAGCAGUUGGAUUGGAAUAG